AUAUGUGUCCAUUUCACCACCAAGACUCCUUUAAAAGUCAAAAGACUCCUUAUAUAUAUUUGAAACCAUGAUCCAAGAACUGCUCACCACGAAGAUGUCAGACCAGACAAAGGCCACUCUAUUUGGAGACAUGAUGACCACUGGCAGUUUACGAUGCGACCCUUGGCGCGAGUGUGAAGAAGCAGAUGUCAGUUAUUACGUAACGCCCACUCGUGGAACGAGUCGAAAGCAGGAGAAAUGGAGCAUAUACAAGCACAUGAGCAAUGCACCUGGGGUGUGUUUCAAUAAUAUCGACACGUUUGCACUUCAUGGCAACCCAGUGUUCCCAGUCGUAUAUGAACAACCGCCGACUUGUGUGCGACACAGCUAGACUGCUUAAUAUGAAUGACAAGCAACUCAAUCAAUCGUAUCAAACGAUUGCAUGAUUUUCGACUUGCAAAUCGACUUGGCCUAUGGCCAUGAACUGUAAGUGGAUUUUUUUUGCCAUCUAAUACAUUGUAAAAACAAGGAAACUACAACCAUCUGGUAUGAACUCGCAGCACCAUAAUAACCGCCGUGCGGUAUAAAUAAUUAAUAAAUAUGAUCUUAGU